AUGGCGAGGCGACAAGAGGAGUCCGAAGGUGGCGGGUACAUCGGCAGGUUGCCGGAGGAGUGCAUCUCGCACGUGCUUUCCUUCACGACGCCUCGUGAUGCGUGCAGGUCGGCGCUCGUGUCGGCCGCCUUCCACUCCGCGGCGAGCUCCGACGCGCUGUGGCAGCGGUUCCUCCCGUCCGAUUACGAGUCGAUCCUAUCGCGGGCCGUUGAUCCGGUCGAGUACUCGUCGAAGAGGGAGCUCUAUCUCCGACUCUGCGACUCCAUUCUCGUCGAUGGCGGCCAGAUGAGCUUUGGAUUGGAGAAAUCAACUGGACGUAAAUGCUACAUGAUAUCUCCAAGAAUCAUGAAUAUUGUAUGGAGUUAUGAACCACAAUAUUGGAGAUGGCUUUCUCUAGCCGAGUCACGGUUCGCAGAAGUUGCUGAGCUUCUAACUGUUUGUUGGUUGGAAGUAAAUGGCAAUAUUGACACUCGACUACUGUCUCCUAGAACAACAUAUGUUGCUUAUCUCGUCUUCAAAUUGGCCUCUGAGUCAUAUGGACUUGGUCCCCCUCCUCAGUUGGCAUCAGUGAGGCUAGGAGCUUAUGCCUCCGAGAUUGAUGUCUGUUUGCAAGAUGAUGAUGAUGAUGAUGGAGACGGUGAUGACAGUGAUGACGAUGAUGAUCAGGAGGAAGGAGGGCGGUGGCAGCAGCGGCGGCACUUGAGGGAUGAUGGGUGGAUGGAGAUCGAGUUGGGGGAGUUCUACAAUGAUGUGGGUGAUGACGGUGAUGUGGAAAUGAGUUGCUCGUCAGUGAAAGCGCUGCAUUGGAAGAGUGGGCUUAUUGUCCAGGGCCUCGAAGUAAGGCCCAAAAUUUGACUUAGACGAUGUUGUGAUUAUUUUCUAUUGCUUCAUGCUCAAAGAAAACUAUUUUUUGUUACUUUAGAUUCACGUUGCAUCAUAUUAGUAGCCGCCGAAACUCUUUCUGGUGGUCUUAUGGACAGUUUGGAUAUUGGAGUGGUGAAUAAAUUUAAGGAUUAAUUAUAUUUUAUCCAUAUGAGCUCAGGCUCAAUUUUAUUAA